GUGAGCCUAGCGGUCCGUCCUGAUGAGCAGUCGGUCUGGAACCACUCCUACCUGUUCCACCACAGCAGAUACAACGCAACCAUCUUCUCACCUACCUCUGCACUGGUUAUAGAGUACUACCCUGCCUCAUCAGUUGUGAGUGAGUCCAGUUGGCACAUGCGGCACCCUAUAGGCUUCUCCUCCAUCCUGCUGGACCAGGGUGUGUACCACGCCCUGACCUCUGAACCAGGGAGGCUGGGCGUGCGUGUGGAUGGUCUCCUCAUACAGGGUACGAAUCUGAGGACCCAACCUGGGAGUCUGCCUACAGUGGGUGCCAUCCUCAGGCUGAUAACCACAGAGCGCCCGGACGGCAUCAUCGCAGCGGCCAGUCCGGAACUCCUGCCCUCGCUAGACUCGCUGGUGGAUGGCGGUUACCACCGGCCCAUCUCUCCUCGAUUUGUGCCGCCGACACCGGCAGACGAGAUGCUGGAUGGGCUGGAUGAUGUGGAGACGGGGCCGAGCUGGCGCCGCAAAACCAAACCCAGAAAGCCAUUGAAAGAUGGGGAGUGGCCGGGGAUGGAUGCGGUACAGGACGUUUUACCGGAGUACAUCUCGGAGACGACACAACCUCCGCCGCGCAGACCUCCCAAGGAUGGACUACGCCAGUCCUACCAGCCUGAUGACCCCUACUCACACUCGCUUCUCGACCAUCAGUCAAAGGAGCUGGAUAACUACCGUGCGGCCCUGAAGCGGAUGGGCGCGGACAUCCUGAAGCUGCGUGAGGACAUCGCCCGGCUGGAGGCGGAGAACAGCCAGCUCAGGAGGAACCUGCACAUGAACAGGGACGCAGCGGACGCCCUGGUGGGGCCUGCUGGGCUACAGGCACUCAGCAGGGGAGACCUCGUGGACAAAUAUGCACUGUUACAGCAGAAGGUGAGCCAGCAGGCCUCCUCACUGAAGGGACAGAAGGAACGGAUACAACAGCUGCAGAACGAACUCAUCAAGAAAAAUGACCGUGAGGCAGAGUUGUUGAAGCAGCAGAAAGCCCAGAAACCCCAGCAGCCUAUUGCACCGAGGGUACCGGAGAAUGAUGCUAGGAAGAAGAAGAUGGAAGAUACCAUCAAACGACAAGAGGAGGUUAUAGAGAAGAUGGAAAAGCUGCUGAAUAAACAGUUAGAGAAGGGAACUCUGCCUGCAGACAGGAGCCUGGAGGCUCACUCUGCACUGGCUCUGGAGAACGCACGGCUCAGGGACGAACUCAACAGGGCUAAGGAGCAGCCCAGACCCCAGUACCCUCCUGGUGUGAAGAUGGACGAUGAGGAGAGGCUGGACCUGAUGGCUAAAUUGGAGAAGGCAGAGGGGAGGAUCAUUUCACUGGAGAACCAGUUGACGGAGAACGCCCGCAUGUGGGGGAGGGAGAAGCAGGAGCUGCUGAUCCGGAUGAACGAGCGGGAGAAUGGUUUCGCACGGUCGUCACAAAUGGUUCUUCACGACUUCCCAAUGUCCAUGGGAGCAACAGUUAAUGGAUUGGGAUCACCGAAGUUGGAUCCAAUUAAAUGAUGAAAACAUCCAGAUGACAUCCGGUUCUUCAGAGUUAACGCUAGUUCACCUUUAUCCGUGGGGUGACCUUUAUCCGUUUUCAUUUAGGAGUAUUAAGUCUGCGGACGGUAGUUUCAAAUUUGCAAUAUUUUAAAAAUGUUCCGAUUUGAAACCACCGUCGACUUUAUAUCCCUAAAUAUGUUUUUUCAUACAAAUAAUGAAUAUAGGUUACCCUCGGAUAACAUGUUAGAUAUCAUGUAAAAUUAUCUGUCAUUGUAAGCAUGACAAAUGUGUGUAUGAAAUGUGUAUAUAUACUUGUACGUCAUAAUAUAUGUAUAUAUGUUCUCAAUCUACAAUGAACAUAACAACAACCUGUAGAAUGUAGAUACUCUGAGUUAUUUGUGAUAUGAUUUACAGGCACUGUUGUGAAAAGUGCAAAAUUAUUCUAUUAGAAUUUUGUACGGUAUUUUUCCAUUAGAGUUUGGAGCAGAAUUCUUCCAUUAGAGCAUGUGUUGCAAUAUAUCAUAUCAUUCCAGUGUAUAUAAUUUUAGCGGUUCUAAAGCCAGGGCUCGAAAUACUGGGUGCAUGUGCACCCAGGUACACCCAAAAUUGGAACUGUGCACCCAAUAUAUUUCAGUGGGUGCA